AAAAUAAAAGGAAAAAAAAAAUACAAACAUUUUAUCAUUCUUCUUUCAUCAAUCUCUCAUUUGAGUUUCAGGGUAUUUUUCUAGAGUUAGGUGAAAGGUUUGUAUCUUGAUUCUUGGUAAUGGCUGAGAUUUGAGGAAGAAGAAGAAGACUUUCAUUUGUUUUUUUUGUGAGUUUGCGGCGGGAGAUGAGCGCUUCGAGGUUCAUAAAGUGUGUCACAGUCGGCGAUGGUGCCGUCGGAAAAACAUGUAUGCUGAUCUCUUACACUAGCAACACUUUUCCUACGGACUAUGUACCAACUGUUUUCGACAACUUCAGUGCUAAUGUGGUUGUAGAUGGGAACACUGUGAAUCUUGGCUUGUGGGAUACAGCUGGUCAAGAAGACUAUAACAGAUUAAGACCAUUGAGUUACCGUGGUGCAGAUGUCUUCAUUCUUGCUUUCUCGCUUAUUAGCAAAGCUAGCUACGAGAACAUAGCCAAAAAGUGGAUUCCUGAGCUCAGGCAUUAUGCACCUGGAGUUCCUAUUAUCCUCGUUGGAACAAAACUCGAUCUUCGAGAUGACAAGCAGUUCUUCAUAGACCAUCCUGGCGCAGUGCCGAUUACUACAAACCAGGGAGAAGAACUAAGGAAACUGAUAGGUUCUCCGGUUUACAUUGAAUGUAGUUCAAAGACGCAGCAGAACGUUAAAGCAGUCUUUGACGCAGCUAUAAAAAUGGUGCUUCAGCCACCGAAUCAAAAGAAGAAGAAACUGAACAAGAGUCUUUGUGUUUUACUGUGACCUCUUCUUUUUUUUUAAAAAAAAAGAAAAAAACAAGAAGAUUUGUAGGUAACAAACGAAGCUGAAGAGA